GUGCGGCUGUGCGGGCGCGUGUUCUCGGUGCCGGCGGGUCCGCCAUGGCGCGGGCGCGCCGGCUGUUGGCGCUGGGGGCGGCGCUGGGGGCGGGCGGCGGGCUGGGCUGGGCGCUCUUCGCCUCCAUCACCCCGGGAUCACGCGGGACCACGCAGGUGCUGCCCGAGGGGAAUCCUCAGCGCCGGAGCGAGGCGACCGAGACCAAGAAGCUACUGCUGGCCACGCUGCAGGAGGCCGCCGCCACCCAGGACAACGUGGCCUACAGGAAAAACUGGAACCGGGGAGCGGCGGGGGGUCCCACGGGGGCCGCGUGAGCCCCCCGACCCAUCUUCUUCCCCCCUUCCGGGAAGUGCUCAAUAAAUAGGAUCGAUCGGUACGGGGGACUGAAUCCGGUCUGAUUACCUUGCAUCCACCCCAGCUCCGCAGACGGCGCCUGGCACAAAAGGGAACUGAGGCCCAGAAAACUGGAAUGACUUACCCAAGGUCACACGGCAACAGGCAAGUGGUGGAGCCGGCAUUAAUAAUAAUCCCGCCCUCCCGGGAUCAGAGGCAGGCGCCUUCCCCGGCUGCAGCUUCUCCCUCGCCCUGUUGACCGCGUUGGACUCCCAAAGAGCCGCGAGGAACACAGCGUAUGGCGCUGAGUGCGAUUUCAACCAUCUGGAUUAUAGAGAGCGUUGGGGAAGACGGGCAAGGAAGAGCCUAAGGGACAGCACUGCUCUAAACCAGUAAUAAAACCAUGUUGUCCC